AUGACGGACCCCCCGGAGCCAAACCCGCAUGAUGGGGGACCCUCGCCCGAGGACGGCGAACGGGACCGGGUGCACGUGUCGGUGGAGGGCCAACAGAGGAGUGAGGAAGAGGACGAAGCCAAAGAGGAAGACGAAGAGCUGCCGUACCCUUCGCUAGCCCCUGUGGUUCUGUUGGCGCUGACCCAAACCAGCCCACCCAGGUCCUGGUGCCUACGUGCUGUAUGCCACCCCUGGUUUGAGCGCGUCAGCAUCUUGGCCAUCCUGCUCAACUGUGUGACGCUGGGGAUGUUCCAGCCCUGUGAUGACACACACUUCUUGUUGCAGGCGCUGGACGAUGGCAUCUUUGUGUUUUUCGCUGGAGAAAUGCUGGUCAAGAUGGUGGCUCUUGGGAUCAUAGGUCACAACGGUUACCUUGGAGACACAUGGAACCGACUGGACUUCUUCAUUGUCAUCGUAGGGAUGUUGGAGUACUCGCUGGACGGACACAAUGUUAGCCUGUCGGCAAUUCGCACUGUGCGCGUCCUACGCCCACUCAGAGCCAUCAACAGGGUUCCUAGCAUGCGCAUCCUGGUGACCCUUUUGCUGGACACGCUCCCCAUGUUGGGCAAUGUUUUAGCGCUGUGCUUCUUCGUCUUUUUCAUCUUCGGCAUUGUUGGCGUUCAGCUUUGGGCGGGGCUCCUGAGGAACCGCUGCUUCAUGGGGGAGGACGUCAAGACGAGGUACAACAUCUCCUUCCUGAACAUUUACUACCGUCCGGGCGGCACAGAGGACCACCCGUUCAUCUGCUCGGCAGAGCGGGACAACGGCAUGCUCCGCUGCUCCGACGUCCCCCGCCGGCGUGUGGCAGGGAGGUCUUGCCUCCUGACGGCCGAAGACCCCCGCCCCGAGACGGCUACAGUGGAAGGAGGGGAGAAGGUGUCGUGCGUCAACUGGUACCAGUACUACAACGAAUGUCGUGCCGGCGAGUUGAACCCACACAAGGGAGCUAUCAACUUCGAUAACAUUGGAUAUGCAUGGAUUGCCAUUUUUCAGGUAAUUACGUUGGAAGGCUGGGUGGACAUCAUGUAUUACGUAAUGGAUGCCCACUCUUUCUACAACUUCAUCUACUUCAUCUUCCUCAUUAUAGUUGGUUCAUUUUUCAUGAUCAACCUGUGCUUGGUGGUCAUAGCCACCCAGUUCUCGGAGACCAAGCAGCGAGAGCACGCCCUAAUGAAGUCGGAGCAGCGCGCCCGCCAACUCCACCAGUCGGCGUCCACUUUGGCCAGCGACAGCCAACCGGGAAGCUGCUACGAGGAGAUCAUCCGCUACCUGGCGCACUUGGGCCGCAAGGCGUACCGCCGUCUGUCCCGACUAGUCGCGCGGGCCGUCGUCGGCCUGCGCUGCAUUUGCGCUAUCCGCCGACACCGGGACCGAGGCAUCGCCGAGGUGAACGGUCUGGCGCACCGGCAUUCCGGUCACGUCGCCGGCGACCUGUCGCACCUUCAUCACAUGUAUCAUCAGAGACAUCCGCCACUGCCCCCGCCGGCACCAGAACGCCGCCUGAGUAACGGAGGCUUUAAUUAUCCCGUCAUUUCGCCCAUGCUCACUCACCUGGAUGCAAAGAGUCAGCAUCACAAGAGAUUGGUCGCCAUGGAGACCGUCAACAGGCAGCUUGUGCUGGAACAAGGUGGAUGCGCAGCCCACCCUUCGUUACCUUUGCCAGGCGAGGUCCCUGUGGAUUCAUCAGCCUGCCCGUACUGCAGCUACUACAACCAAUUAUGUGACCCACAAAAUGAGGCGGCUGACGACCAUCAUCAUCAGCGAGGCUCAGUGAGCAGCCCCCCACCGCAGCCUCAUUGCAAGAGCCCGGGCCCCUCCGGCGGGCCCGGUCUCCAGCUAGGCGAAGGGAACGCAGCGCAGCCCCUGUGGCGAGCGUGUGCUCGAUGCUGGGCCGAACUCAGGAGCAAAUUGGAACUCAUUGUGGGCAGCAGAUACUUCAACAGAGGCAUCAUGUUUGCCAUUCUCAUCAACACACUGUCCAUGGGAAUAGAGUAUCAUGAACAACCGCAGGAGCUGACAGACAUUUUGGAGAUCAGCAACAUGGUGUUCACAAGUCUCUUUAGUCUGGAGAUGCUUCUGAAAGUCCUGGCGCUGGGCCUCUUCGGCUACAUCAAAAACCCUUACAAUGGCUUCGACAGCAUCAUCGUCAUCAUCAGUGUUUGGGAGAUUGUGGGUGAGGCGGAGGGAGGUUUGUCUGUGCUGCGUACCUUCCGUCUGCUGAGGGUUCUGAAGCUGGUGCGCUUCCUGCCAGCCUUGAGGAGGCAGCUGGUAGUGCUCAUGAAAACCAUGGACAAUGUGGCUACCUUCUGCAUGCUGCUCAUGCUUUUUAUUUUCAUCUUCAGUAUCUUGGGGAUGCAUUUGUUUGGAUGUAAAUUCGGUCUGCGACAAGACAGCGGAGAUACUCUGCCCGACAGAAAGAACUUUGACUCACUGCUUUGGGCCACAGUCACCGUCUUCCAGAUCCUGACACAGGAGGACUGGAACGCUGUUUUGUACAAUGGCAUGGCGUCCACCACCCCGCUAGCUGCCCUCUACUUCGUCGCUCUCAUGACCUUCGGCAACUACGUCCUCUUCAAUCUGCUGGUGGCCAUUUUGGUUGAGGGCUUCCAGGCUGAAGGCGACGCCAGCCGAUCCGAUUCGGACGACGAGGGACAAUCGCUGUCUUACGAUGAUGAGGAGAAGCUGAGGGACUUGUAUGCCGCAGAGCUGAAGAUCCAAGCAAUGAUUCUCAGUCCCAAUGGUCUCCUGAACCCCAGGGCUUCUAGGCCACCGCCUCUGUCCAUGCCUGUCAUCACUCACACGGCAGCCACACCCACUGUGAACUACGGUCAAUCUCGGCGCGCCAGUGCGGCCUCUGUAGUGGACAGCCUUGAGCAGCAGAGGUCGCCGCCUCCAUGGGACAGCCUCCCGGAGAGCCGUCGUUCCAGCUGGACCAGCCUGGGACGGGCCCCCAGCCUUCACCGCAGAAGCCAGUCGGGCGAAAUGGAGUCGCUGCUGACCGACAGCCACACGGCCUCUGACGCUGGCAGCAGGGAAGCGUCCGUGGACACCCCCGAUUACUUGCAGGUGCCUGUGUUGUACACACCAGACUGCAAUGGGACCGCGGCCUUCCACCUGCCCGACCACUCUUAUGACGACCCCCUUCACACAAUGCUUUACCACACGCAGCAGGAGGAUGAAGACGUGGAGGAGACUUUAUACCAAAAGCUGAGAAAAUUACUGGAGCCAUACGAGCCUCAAUGGUGCAUUGAGCACGAGGAUUGGUCGCUCUAUGUGUUCGCUCCACACAACCGCUUCAGGCUGUGGUGCCAGAAUACAAUUGGACACAAGAUGUUCGAUCACAUCAUCCUACUCUUCAUCUUCCUUAACUGCAUAACCAUCGCGCUGGAGAGGCCCGACAUUCAGCCGCACAGCAUGGAGCGAAUUUUCCUCAGCGUGUCCAAUUACAUCUUCACUGUGAUCUUUGUUGGCGAAAUGAUGAUCAAGGUGGUGGCGAUGGGAAUGUAUUUUGGCAAGGGUGUGUACCUGCAGAGUAGCUGGAACGUCCUUGAUGGGGUCCUGGUGUUUGUGUCCCUGGUGGACAUCUUGGUGUCCCUGGCAUCGGCAGGCGGAAAUCGAAUCCUGGGCAUCCUGCGCGUCCUGCGGCUGUUGCGUACCCUGCGACCGCUCAGAGUGAUCAGUCGUGCUCCAGGUCUAAAACUAGUGGUGGAAACCCUCAUAACGUCACUUAGACCAAUCGGGAACAUCGUGCUCAUCUGCUGUGCUUUUUUCAUCGUGUUUGGGAUCCUGGGGGUUCAGUUAUUUAAAGGCAAAUUCUUCCACUGUGAGGGUUACAACGUGACCAACAUCAGCAACAAGACUCAGUGCUUGAAUGCAGGACACCGCUGGCUUCGCAGGAAGUACAACUUUGACAACCUAGGACAGGCGCUGAUGUCUCUGUUUGUGCUGUCAUGCAAGGACGGCUGGGUCAGCAUCAUGUACGACGGCUUGGACGCGGUCGGCGUGGACCAGCAGCCGAUACGCAACAACAACCCCUGGAUGCUUCUGUUCUUCAUCUCCUUCCUGCUCAUCGUCAGUUUCUUCGUGCUCAACAUGUUCGUGGGCGUGGUGGUGGAGAACUUCCACAAGUGUCGACAGCAGCAGGAGGAGGAAGAAGCCAGACUCCGAGAGGAGAAACGACGCAAGCGUCAGGAGAAGCGGAGGCGAAAGGCUCUCGAGAAGCCGUACUACGCCGACUACUCUCCUCUGCGUCGCUCCAUCCACAGCGUGUGCACCAGCCACUACAUGGACCUCUUCAUCACCAUCAUCAUCUUCACCAACCUGCUCACCAUGAGCAUGGAGCACUACAACCAGCCCCAGUACCUGGUGGAGAUCCUCAAGUACUGCAACUACGUCUUCACGGUGGUUUUCGUCAUCGAGGCCAUCCUCAAGCUCAUAGCGUUUGGACUUCGGCGCUUUUUCAAAGAGAGAUGGAACCAGUUGGACUUAGCCAUCGUGUUGUUGUCCAUCAUGGGAAUCACACUGGAAGAAAUCGAUCUUAACGCCUCACUACCCAUAAACCCCACCAUCAUACGUAUCAUGAGGGUGUUGAGAAUCACACGAGUGCUAAAGCUGUUAAAGAUGGCCACGGGGAUGCGAGCUCUGCUGGACACCGUCAUGCAAGCUCUGCCUCAGGUGGGGAAUCUGGGUCUGCUCUUCAUGUUGCUGUUCUUCAUCUAUGCAGCUCUGGGAGUUGAGCUCUUUGGAAAACUGGAGUGUUCCGAGGAGAACCCGUGCGAGGGCCUCAGCCGUCACGCAACCUUCGACAACUUCGGCAUGGCUUUCCUGACGCUCUUCCGUGUGUCCACCGGUGACAACUGGAACGGGAUCAUGAAGGACACGCUGCGUGACUGCCGACCGGAUGACCGCCACUGCCUCACCUACUUGCCCCUGAUCUCGCCCGUCUACUUUGUCACCUUCGUGCUAACGGCUCAAUUCGUGCUGGUCAACGUGGUGGUGGCAGUCCUCAUGAAGCACCUGGAAGAGAGCAACAAGGAAGCGCUGCUAGAUGAGAUGGAGGAAAGGCAGGAGCGCGAGGAGGCCGCCCGUAGGAACAGCGUCGCAUCGGGGGGCGGGGAACACGUUGCCCCCAACGGAGAUGCGCCCGCGCAGGUGCGGGUAGAGGAUGAGGAGCGUCGCCACGACAACUUGCUGAGCAUCGGCCGCAUGCUGUCCCUGCCUAGCGACAGCUACGUUCAGCAGCCACUCAGAUGCGUGCCGUACCCACCGGCUAGUGUCGACGCCUAUUCGGCUUACAGCUACUCGGGCUCCAUGUCAUCGCUGGGCUCCAGUGGGGGAGGCUCACUGCUGCAGGUCCCGGGCGCCCUCCCUGCCAUCAGCCACGCCUCGCUGGGCUCCGGACGAAGCAGCCGCCCCAUGAUCCGCCUCAGCAGCUCGCAAAGCAUCGACAGGAGCUCCCCUCACCACGCCGCCCCUUCCGAGCGGCGCCGCCUCGACUCUGCUCUCAGCGUGGACGGGUGCCGCUUUAGCCCCGCCCGAGCCGCCGAUGGACGCCGACUGAGCUACGCGCUCAGCGUUGACGGAUACCGGGUCGCUGCGGAGAGGUCCAAGCUGGUGUCUAGCUGCAGUAUAGACAGACAUCCCUCACUCAGGCUGAGUCCUCUGCACGGGGCCUCCAGAGGCCCUUCUCAUUGGCUGAGCCCAGAGGAGAGUCUGGAUCGCAAUAAGCUGAGCCCCUCAUACGUCCCUGAGAGUUCAGUCCUCAAAAGGCCGGCGUCCUUCCGCACCGCCGGAAGACAGCUGCGCAGACAAGAGGCGGUGCGCAGUGAUUCUCUGGAUCAAAGCGGCUCGGCGGACAACAUGUCGGACAGCCACCUCGCCGUGCCCGUCACCUCCUCUUCUUCUCCCACGCCAUCCCGCCAGCGCUCAUCUAGCGUCCACACCUUAAAGUACACUCAACCCCAGAGAGUGAUUUCAUGCCGGGGGCGCGGCGAUACGGCUGAAUCGGAACCCAGAGCCGAGGCGGACCUAGAGGUAAAGGACGUAGGGACGUCAGAGCCCCGGACGGAUGAUGCGGCAGAUGAGGAAGUGCGACGCAUCAACGCGCCCUCGCACAGACACCUCGCGCCUGAUCCUGAUGACGCCCACGCCCGGCUCAGCCGAUCGGUGUCACCGAUAUCGGGCAGGAACAGGAAGGAGCGCGUGAGCCCGCCCCCGGGGGAGGAGCCAGUUACCAUGGCGACACAGUUAAUGGACAGCAGCGUGGAGCUUAGGAGGCGGACGCUAUCGUUUGACGCCACCACACAGGCGACCAAUCAGCCCGAGUCCGGCUCUGUGGACGACUGA